AUGUUGAAGACCUUCUAUCUCGUUUCACUCGCCUUGGGCGCGUCGGCUGUCCCCACCAACAAUCAUUACGCCCAACGUGACAAUGACACUAGUCUCAGUGUCAAGCUCUCUGUCGCAAAUGGUCUUCUGGAUGCACCCACUAAUGGUCGCAUUGUGUUGAUGUUCGCCCCCAACGGAACCGAUCCUCUCGAUGAUACCGAUGUCACCUCUUCUCCGAACAAAAUCUUUGGAAAGAAUGUAUACGACUUUGGCCCAAAGCAACCAGUCACUCUCUCUGGCGGAAACAACGACGGUACUGCUACCGGUGUAUAUGGCUGGCCAAAUGUUAGCUUGAGUGACAUCGAUCCGGGUACCUACAGUGUGCAAGCCUUUCUCACUCGCUACGAGACAGUCACGAGGAGCGACGGUUCGAAAGUUUCUGUCCGUUUUCCAUGUGGCGAUGGCGCGCCUAAUGUCAAUGGAUACGGAAGCUUGAUCACAACGCUCCAAGACAUUGAGAUAUCGGGAAGUGGGCAAACUCUCGAACUAACUUUCAACAACAUCACUGCUGUGGAGAAUUUCGCUGGCAAGGAGAGCGGCGGAUGCAACCAGGGCAACUACGAAGACACAGACACACUCAAGCAUGUCAAGAUCCGAAGCAAGAAGUUGAGCAAGUUUUGGGGUCGCGACAUGUACGUUGGAGCCAACAUAGUACUUCCUGCUGGUUACGACGCCAACGAUAAGAAGACACGAUACCCUGUCAUUUACAACCAAGGCCACUGGCCAGCCGGAGAAGGUGCUUACAACUACGGCGACGAUGAGAAAUUUACGGCAGCCUGGGAUGCUGGUAUUAUUCCUGCAACCAACACCACUGCAGAGCGACCAGCACCCAAGUUCAUCAUGGUAACAUUCCGUCAUGAAGCUCCUUACUACGACGACUCCUAUGCUGUCAACACAGCAAACUUGGGUCCUUAUGGUGAUGCUAUCAACGAGGAGCUCAUUCCUCAUCUCGAAGACACCUUCAACACUAUUCGCGCACCCUACGCACGCGUACAGGAUGGAGGUUCAACCGGUGGUUGGGAGUCGAUUGCCAACGUCAUCUACCGUCCAGAUCUUUUUGGUGUCUGCUUUUCCUCCUACCCCGACUCUCUUGACUUCCACCGUCACCAAGAUAUCGAGCUCUACAGUGCUGCCAAUGCAUACACGCGCGCGAAUGGUAGCUCUGUACCCAGUAUCCGCACCCACACUAAUGGAACGGAGGUGAUUCUUGCCACUGUCGCGCAAGAAAACCACUGGGAACUGACCUUCGGCACGUCGUCACGCUCAUUCAAUCAAUGGGAUGUCUGGAAUGCCGUCUUCGGUGUCCAGGGUUACAACAACUAUCCUCUCGAGCCCUGGGACAAGGUUACUGGUGAGAUAUAUCCCGAGGCUGUUGAGCACUGGAAGCCGUUCGAUCUUAGCGACUACGUCGUUACCAACUUCAACUCUUCCCGCAACCUCGGUGCCGCCCUCGCUGGACGUAUCUUCGUCUACGUAGGGACCUGGGACAACUACUUCCUUAACGAAGGUGUCAUGGAGUUCCAGAAGCGUACCGAUGCCGUUGGAGGAGCUGGUUGGGCCAAUGUCACAAUCCUACCUGAGAAGCCUCAUGGUGGUAACUACCAAGCCCGCGAGAUUUGGGAUUACCUCGAGUUGGUAGACCGAUGGGUCAAGGAUCACGCUCCUGAUGGUCCUUCGCCGCUUUCUCAUUCUGCCACUGCACCGUCUACCCGUGGAAAUGUGUGGGAAGAUGUCAUCAAGUAUGGUGGACGGAAAGCUGCUGUCAAGCGACAAGCCGAUCCUAGCAUCCAGGAUAAGAAGGCUAAGGUGGGCCAAGAGGUUACUGCAAGUGUUGGACGGUGGGAUCCAGGCGUCAAGCUCACCGCACAGUGGAUCUUGAACAGCAAGCCCGCAUGCGAAGCUUUCAGUGUUGAGCAAGGAGCAAGCGUCAAGUAUGCGCCUACAGUAAAGGGCCACAUCCAGCUGCUUGUGACAGGAGAAAAGCGCAACUACGCGACGGAGACACGCAAGAGCGGGAGGGUGCUCGUAGGCAGGUAG